AUGACGAACACAAGGGGCAAAAGGCGAGGAACCCGUUAUAUGUUCUCUAGACCCUUCCGCAAACAUGGUCCAGUGCCACUGUCAACAUAUAUGCGCAUCUACAAGAAGGGUGAUAUUGUGGACAUUAAGGGUACAGGCACAAUCCAAAAAGGUAUGCCACACAAGUGCUACCAUGGCAAGACUGGUCGGAUCUACAAUGUCACACAGCAUGCUGUUGGUAUAAUUGUGAACAAACAAGUCAAAGGUAAGAUUCUUGCCAAAAGAAUCAAUGUCCGUGUAGAGCACAUCCGCCACUCAAAAAGUAGAGACAGUUUCCUGCAGCGUGUGAAGGAAAAUGAGAGGAAGAAAAAGGAAGCUAAGGAGAAUGGCACCUGGGUGGAGCUAAAACGUCAGCCAGCCCAGCCAAGAGAAGCUCACUUUGUCCGAACAUUUGGGAAGGAACCUGAGCUCCUUGAGCCAAUUCCAUACGAGUUCAUGGCAUAA